AUGUCAUCUACCAAGCCGGAGCAUAUCAUCAUCGUCGGCGCAGGCAUCUUUGGUCUCAGUACGGCGAUCCAUCUUGCCCGCCGUGGGUACACAAACAUCACUGUGUUCGAUAAGCAGCCAUAUGAAAAAACUCUCUACUCCUAUCUGGAUGGCUGUGAUGCCGCUUCUGCAGACAUCAACAAAAUUAUUCGUUCCGCCUACGGCUCUCAGACAAUCUACCAGGAGCUGACAUCAGAUGCCCUUCGCUCAUGGCACGAAUGGAAUCAGGAAAUAGCCAGAGGAGCUGAUUUGCCCCCUGGCUUCUCUCCCUCCGAUCGCGUCUUCUUCAAUUGUGGGAACCUCAGCUGUGGCGACUACUCCUCCCUGCCGACAUUCGAACGAGCCACGGUCGAGUGCAUGGAGGCUGCCGGAUUCAAGAGGACACAGCUCAUCACCAACGAACCUGCGGAUCUAAACGCCGCCGAGGAGAAGGGCUUUUUCCCGGCAAUGAAUCCUUUCAGCAAGAAGACCUUGGGUGUUCUGGACACCACCGGCGGGAUAGCUGUGGCAGACAAGGCCUGCCUCUACGCACUUCACAAAGCUAAGUCGCUGGGCGUUCGAUUCAUCCUGGACCCCUUCAACGGCGCCUUUGCCUCGUUCAUCUACGAUCUCAACUCCCAGGUCAUUGGAAUUCGCACCGCUGACAACAAAAAGCAUCUUGCCGGCAUGACUAUCAUGGCUUGUGGAGGUUGGACUCCAUCCCUCCUGCCUGAGCUUGACGACCUUUGCGAGGCCACUGCUGGGUCUGUCGUCCUCUUAAAGAUUCCACAGUCAUCUCAACUUCGACAACGAUUUAGCCCUAGCCGCUUCCCAUCAUACACCUUCAAAGUCCGUGACGGGGCGGAAGGAGGUCUUUAUGGGUUCCCUGUUGACGAACGUGGGCUCCUGAAAAUUGGGUAUCGCGGUACGAAAUAUACCAACCCGAAAGUCCAAAAGGACGGCAAGGAGAGGAGUGUGCCAAUUACCAGGUGGACUACUGGGAAUGAGGGAACACUCACCCAGAUACCCCAGCAGGCGCACAGGGUGAUUCGUAAAUUCAUGGACGAAUACCUCCCAGAGCUAGGCCAAGAGGGAAUAAAUAUUUGGAAGAGCCGUGUCUGUUGGUACACUGAUUCGUUCGACAACCACUUUGUUAUCGAUCGCGUGCCAGGUCAGAAAGGUCUCAUGUGCGCUACAGGCGGGAGUGGCCAUGCCUUCAAGUUUCUACCCAAUAUUGGCAAGUGGGUUGUUGAUGUGAUGGAAAAUAUUGGGAUGGACAGCCCGUGCAUCCAAGCGUGGAGGUGGAGAAAACCAGCAUCUGGCGAAGAGCCUACCAAUACGCUCAUGGAGGGAUCAAAUGGAGCUAGAAGUCUGGGGAAAACUUGCCUUGUGACGGCUGAAGCUGCGAGAUCCAAGAUUUAA